CUUUUGGUAUCCAAACUUUGUAGGAAAUCCAAUCAAAUGAAAUGGAGAUUGUGGUAGAUAUAUGAGGUCACGUUGACUUGUUUAUCGGGCCUGCUUGUUUAACCCAUGAUAGGAAAACAAUUGAUGUUAGCAGCCAUAUCGCAAACACAUGUGCAAAUCCCCAAUAGGAACAGUGAUUCAGCAAAAUUUAAUUGUUGAUCCUGCCUGUUAUUUCCUCCUUAGAGUGGAUAAGGGAGCAGAACGUUGAAUCAAAGCAUUUGGAACACUUGUCAGAUCUACUUACAAAACUUACAAGGUAUAGUUCACAUAUUGCUACUAACUACAAGGAAGAAGAUACCUUAACCCAAAUCCAACUGACACCAUGAAGACCAAUGUGCUUACUGGGAAACUGACCUUUGUGUCUCAAAAGCCGUGUGAUUUGUCUCGAUGCACUAAAAGUGAGAUAAGAGCCUACUUUGAAAACAGCUAUGACCUGAAUGAGAGCCUUUUCACAUCACUUAAAGAUGAUUCAGUGUUUUACCUCUGCCCAGAUAGACUCCGCCUUCCCCUGGUCUUCUACUUUGCCCAUACAGCAGUGGUUUAUGUGAAUAAACUAAAAUUAGCUGGACUGAUUAAAGAGCGGGUCAACUUUGACUUUGAGACUUUGUUUGAGACUGGAGUUGAUGAGAUGGCAUGGGAUGAUACGGAGAACUAUCGUAUGGGAGGGAGCUAUAAAUGGCCUUCUAUAGCUGAGGUGGUAGAUUAUCGUCGCAGGGUCCGUCACAUCAUUCUCGAUGUUAUUAACCAUACCCCGCUUACACUGCCUGUUACCAUGGAGAGCCCCUGGUGGGCUCUUUUUAUGGGAAUGGAACAUGAGCGUAUUCACAUUGAAACAUCAUCUGUUUUGAUUCGCCAAAUGCCCGUUGACAAGGUAACCAAGCCAGAGGAAUGGCAAUAUGGACCAAUCACCUAUGGUGAAGGUAUGCAUAAAAAUCCCUUGGUCCACAUUGACACACAGAACAUUACAAUUGGGAAACCACGUGAUUUUGGUUCAUUUGGUUGGGACAAUGAAUAUGGCACACUGACCACAAAAGUGUCUGCAUUCAAAGUCUGUAAGUAUAUGAUCACUAACCGUGAGUUUCUAGCAUUCGUGCAUGCAGGUGGUUACAAGCAAGAGGAGUAUUGGAGUGCUGAGGCUUGGAAGUGGUUACAAUAUCGCAAGGCCAAGCACCCUACUUUCUGGGUCUGUGACCAGGGUUGCAUCUCUGGAUGUGGCGGUAUCAUAGCUGGAUAUGUUCAUUGUAAGCCAGCUCAGGCAGAGCAGCACAAUGGUGUGAGUGGCUACUGCAAUGGUCACAUGGCGGUGGAUGGCAAUGGUCACCAAGGCAGUGAUGAGGGAGGUGGUCAUAAUCACCAUGGAAACCAUCAUCAUCAGGGUCAACAGCAAAAUGGAGAUAAUCAUAAUGUGAGCAAUGGAGCCCAUACAGAAACCAAUGGAUCCACUGCUGAGUACAAAUACCGAACAAUGUUUGAUGAAAUUGAUCUGCCUCUUGAUUGGCCAGUAGAUGUGAACUACCAUGAGGCAAAGGCUUAUUGUGCGUGGAAGGGUGAGGGAUUCAGGCUGCCUGGGGAGGCAGAGCAUCAGGCCAUGAAGGGAACACUGAAAUCAGUCACAGAGGGCACUGAGAGUGACAUCAUAUACCAGGACAAGAUUGAAGCCAAUCUUAACUUACAGUACGGAUCUUCUACACCCGUAAACAUGUACCCUUCCAAUGAGCUCGGACUGUGUGAUGUGUCUGGCAAUGUGUGGGAGUGGAUGGAAGACCACUUCAAUGGUCUGCCAGGCUACCAAUCCUCAUUUCUUUAUGAUGAUUUCUCAUCUCCAUGCUUUGAUGGUCGCCAUAAUAUGAUUUUGGGGGGAUCAUGGAUAUCAACAGGGGACGAGGCAUCAAGAUUUGCCAGAUUUGCUUUCCGUCGCCAUUUCUUUCAACAUGCUGGCUUUAGAAUGGUGAAGACUGAGCCAUUGAAUGCUGAGAGGGUAGAGGUGCCUAUAAGGCUAGUGGACACAGAGGUCUACAUACUCGGGGCUGAUGUCCCAGACAAUCCGGUUCUUCUCGAUGAAGAGAGUUUUAAAGUUGACAAGGUUCCUUCAACUUGUUCUCAACUACACUGGGAAGAUUAUGAUAUUUUGGCUAAGAGGUUCAAGGAAGAGUAUGAAACUAAUGCUACAUAUUAUACUGAGCUAGCAGGCUUAUGCAGGGAUGUUUCAGCAUUACAUUCCAACAAUAAAAGAUUGCUCACCAUUGGAUGCGGAGUUGGGAAAAUUGCUUUUGAGAUGGCUGGUGACUAUCAACAGAUGUUGGCCAUAGAUUUUGUGGCAAGAUUUGUCGAGACAGCUUUGAACCUGCAGAAAACAGGACAACUGGCAAUAGAGGGCGCUACAGCACAACUGAAGCAGUUGGAUUACACCAAUAUUAUAUUCAAGCAGUUGACAUGGCUACCAAAUGAAGUGGACUUUUUCGACUUUGUUUUGAUGAAUGAUGUUGAUCGUCUCAUGAAUCCACAUGCAUGGUUUAUAAGAUUUGGAGAAAUUCUCCAAAAGGAUGGCAUUCUUGUUGCAGUGUCCAGCAAGUUCACGGUUGACAAAAUAGAAGAGAUGCUAAGACACUGUUUUACACUACUUGAGACCAAAAGUCUGCGUAACAGGGCCGACUCCAAGGGCUACUCUUUAGUUAGUAUCUGGAAACAUGUCUAAAUGAAACAUCACCAAGCAUAAACUAUAUAGACACAAUAUUAGAGGAUCUAAUGGACAUAGAUCAUUCUUUUAUGAGUGUGUCAUUUUUGAUCUACUAUGGAAUUUAAUAUCAUUGAUGGAAGAAAUGUUCAUGGCCCUAUGUUCCGGUGUAUGAAAUGUCCACAUAAUUUUUCAUUGAUUAAUUGCUUAUGGUCGUGUAACUUUGUUUUUGAAAUAUUGUGGUAGAAUCAAAGUAUAUUGUAGUUUUGACAACAUUAUAGGUGUAUAAAAGUCAAUUGUCCAAAUUAAUCACAAUGUAUCAAUUUGGGACAAGACAAAGACUGGUCUGAAUAAAAAGUUGUGCAGUUUUUUAUUGAGUGUUUCAGAAUAUGUGGAGAAUAUUUCAAACAUUGAUAAGUAAUUUAACAGUUUCUAUAAACUAUCGACAUGCAUGUAGUGUAGGGAAAUAACAGCUAGGAUUCAGCAUGAAUUAUGUAACAAUUUAUUUUGAACUAUUUUCUUACUUUCUUACAUCUCUAUAUAUACGAGUAUGUUUAUAAGCAGUAUUUUAUAAGCAAGGAUAGCAGAGAUUUUUCUCUACUAAUGCUAAUUAAUUAUACACUUUAAAGGGGCAACAGCAUAUAGAAAGACAGAAUAGCACCACCAAUUUUAGAGUGUUCAUUAUAUAUUUGUGUGCUAUAAGCAGUUUUGUUCCAUAUGUUGUGAAAUAUGCCAGUGUUGUGAAAAAUGCCUGAGAACUGCCAUUGGAGCCCAACACUGAUCUUAGAAGGCUCUAAAGACAUAUUUCACAUCAUAGAUACAAACAUGUACGUGAUGUACUUUAUACAUUUAUUCCCAUGGCAAGACCAUGUGUGGUAGGGGGUAAUGACAA